CACUACUUUGAAUUGAAGACGUAUUUUGUAUAUUAAUAUCAAUGUAUUAUUGACUCAAUAAUUGAUUCAAUGAUUACUACAUUGUUUGGAGACUUACUGUAAAUAUUACAACAAAACAAUUAAUUACAUUAUUGUCAUCAAAGACAACAACGACAAGACAUGUGUCGAUGAUUGACACCAAACAAGUGGUCAAUGAAAAUGUUUUGUUACGAUCUGUCGGUUGCAAAGUAUUUGUCAGCCGUUUAUCUCUUGUAUUCAGUGUUUGGUUUUACGAGAGUUGAGUGCCAUAUCGGUCAACAGUGUUCACUGCUGAGGAUGUGUCUACCGAUCUCAUCGCACGUAUACUGCGAUGAGUCCAACAUCUGUCGGUGUAAGAAGGAGUACCCGAUCUCAGUCGGACCGCAUUCAUGUCUGGCCCCCAAACAAGUAGGAGAGCGCUGUUCACAUCCAGAGGAAUGUACUCACAAUGACAAGAAUUCUCACUGCAAUCAAAGUCCAUAUACCAGUCGUUGUGAAUGUAAUCCCGGAUUCAAUUUUGAUCGCAACCAUCGCGUCUGUGUAUUGACUGAAACUAAAAACACGAGAAAAGGCUCAAAUCCUGUGCUAAUGAUACCGACCGCCGCCGGUCUUCUUAUGGCUUGUUUUAGUCUGUUAUGUUGUUGUGCUCUUAUAUGGCAUAAUCUUUGCCGAAAACAAGAUGUUUUGGUCAGAAAUGGUCAUAACUCGUCAAAUAGUGGCAGAAGUCGUCGAUCUGCAAGUAAUACGGAUUCAAGACGUGGCACUACAGCUCAUAAUAGGCGCCAUCAGAGCAAUGAUAAUAACCAGACAACCGGUCAUUUGCCUCCAUAUGAAUCCAUAUUAAUUGAUAGCAUGAAUAACGAUCCGCCUCCCAGUUAUGAGGACGUUAUUAAAGAGUCUCAAACGCAGAUCACUGGAUCAACACAUGAAGACUCGGUGACUGAAACUAAGAUAACUUAAUAUCAAUUAAAUUGUGUCAAAAAACUAUUACAUCAUUAUUAGCACAAUUAACUAAAAAAU